GUGAGAUCGUCAAUGUCAGCGGAUCCUGGAUCAGCUGUUGGCUGUCGAUCCCCCCUCAACCUCCACUGAUAACAUAGUCACCGCGAACACCGGGCAGAGAAGAUUGAAGUCGGACGUCUUGCAGCUUCACUCCGUUUCCAGGCAGCAUGAACUCCCUCCCGGGAAGAGCCGCGCUGUGUCUCAGACGCACGGCCGCGGGCGGGAUGAGGGUCUUCGCCGGCUCACCCGGUCACCCCGUGCCGGCCGACAGGGCCUCUCUCCAGGCUGUGCGGGUCUGUCACUCCGGGAAGAGCCACAAGGGCAGCGUCAGUACCAAGAAGAGGGGCUACGACAUCACCAGAAACCCGCACCUGAAUAAGGGAAUGGCGUUCACCUUGGAGGAGCGCUUGCAGCUGGGCAUCCACGGCCUGCUGCCCCCCUGCUUCCUGUCCCAGGACGUGCAAGUGCUGCGUGUCAUGAAGAGCUACGAAACGCGCUCCAACCCUUUGGACAAGUACAUCCUGCUAAUGACGCUGCAGGACAGGAACGAGAAGUUGUUCUACCGUGUGCUGACCUCUGACAUCGAGGAGUUCAUGCCCAUCGUGUACACGCCCACCGUGGGCCUGGCCUGCCAACAGUACGGCCACGCCUUCAGGAGACCACGAGGACUGUUCAUCACCAUCCACGAUAAAGGCCACAUCGCCACCAUGCUCAACUCCUGGCCUGAGGAAGACAUCAAGGCCAUUGUGGUGACGGACGGGGAGCGUAUCCUCGGCCUGGGGGACCUGGGAACCAACGGCAUGGGCAUUCCUGUGGGGAAGCUGGCGCUCUACACGGCCUGCGGGGGCGUUCGACCACAGCAGUGUCUCCCUGUGCUGCUGGACGUCGGCACUGACAACCAGGAGCUUCUCGACGAUCCCCUGUACAUCGGACUGAAGCACAAGAGGAUCCGAGGAAAGGAGUACGACGAUCUGGUGGACGAGUUCAUGCAGGCGGUGACGGACAAGUACGGGAUGAGCUGUUUGAUUCAGUUCGAGGACUUCGCCAACAGAAACGCCUUUCGCAUCCUCAACAAAUACAGGAGUCGAUUCUGCACCUUCAACGACGACAUCCAGGGUACUUCCUCAGUAGCUGUCGCCGGGAUCUUAGCUGCUCUGAAGAUCACCAGAAACACACUCUUAGACCACACCGUUGUUUUCCAGGGGGCGGGGGAGGCUGCUCUCGGUAUCGCUCACCUGCUCAUGAUGGCCAUGGCCAAAGAGGGAGUAAGUAGGGAAGAAGCUGCCAAGAGGAUCUGGCUGGUGGACUCAAAAGGUCUCAUUGUAAAGGGACGAGGCAAUCUCAACCACGAGAAGCUCGAGUUCGCUCACGACACUCCGCACAUACAGACCCUGGAGGAAGUGGUGCACACCGUCAAACCCACUGCGACGUCGGAGUGGCCGCAUAUCGCUGGAGCUUUUACCGAGAAUAUCAUCAAAGACAUGGCGGCCUUCAACGAGAGGCCGAUCAUCUUCGCCCUGAGUAAUCCCAGCAAGGCGGAGUGCACCGCGGAGCAGUGCUACCAGCUCACAGAGGGCCGGGGCAUCUUCGCCAGCGGGAGUCCGUUCGACCCCGUGACCCUGGCCGAUGGACGCACCUUCUACCCCGCAGGAAACAACGCCUACGUCUUCCCCGGAGUUGCUUUGGGCGUCAUUGCCUGCGGAGUGCGCCACAUAUCCGACGACAUCUUCCUCACCACAGCAGAGGCGAUAGCGAACAUGGUGACAGAGGAGCACCUGGCAGAGGGGAGACUCUAUCCUCCUCUCAACACCAUAAGAGAAGUGUCCCUUAGAUCGGCAGUGAAGCUUGUCGACUAUGCAUACAAACACAAUGCGUCGCUGUACCCCGAGCCCAAAGACAAGGAGGCGUUUGUGCUUUCGCACAUCUACAGUCCGGAUUACGACUCCUUCGCUCUGGACACGUACAGCUGGCCACAGGACGCCAUGAACGUCCAGGACGUGUGAUGACGUCAAUGUGCUGACGAGGCGUCGCGUACAAUUUCUGCAUUGCUUUCUCUUUUGUUUUCUGCCUUUUUUUUUUUCUUUUAUACAUUUUCAGUAAGUCUACAGUAAGGUUGUAUUUCCCUCUUUCGGAACUGUAGUUUUAGUUUUCAGUUCUCUGUCUUGAUUUAAAGUCUCGACUGAGUAAAAUGUUUUAUAUAGCCACACCUAUAAACAGCAUAUGAAUAUCUUAAGCGUGAGCCUCUAUAACUUGCAACUUAAACUCCAUCCAUCAGAUUAUCCUGCUAAGAGGUGUCGUCGUCGUGUUUAAGCGCUCGCAGUGAGUGAUGAAUCGGAGCCGGUAGCUUAAAUAAGAACGCAGUGGUUAACAUUAACGCACAAGGCUUCCUCUUGUCUGGGCACAAAUCAACAGGGGACUCAUUAUGAAGCUUUUAAAAACAUGACACAAUUGAACUGAAGCUCUCAGUGCCUCUUCCUGUGUUGACUCGGGAUCACACGGCUCCAUGUUAUGAGAUGAAAACCUCUCUUUGUUCGGUGGCUUUCAAAGAAGCGUGAUUCGGCUCAUAUCCCCGGAGCUGCUGCUUCAUAUUUUACACUCCUAUGUAUCUGGCCACAUGUUUCAGCCUGCACACAAGAUGUACUAACACUCCGAUCUGUUUCUCCCUCUGAGAACUGGUUAUUCUUAACGGGAGGCACUUCUUUUUUCUUAACUGUGUUUAGAGGAGGCAUUGUUGGGGAUUGAGUGUCGCCAUCAGGAUGGUUUUCUUUUUGUAUACAAUGGUGUCUUUUGUUUUGUACAGAGCACUCUUCUUGUCGUGGUGUUUUUGCCAAAGUUACUGAUGAAUUGUAUCGUAUAUAUAUUUUACUUCUAGAGGACGUGAUACUCUGCAAGUUUUAGUAUUGGCAGAUAUGCUUGAAGUUUUUAAAGGGAACAUGAAGCUUUUUAAAUAAAAUUGUCUACAAGAUG